AUGGCGGGGAGCACGGACCUGACGAAGCAGGUGGAGGCGCUGCUGGAGGAUCCGUCGCAGACGAUUCUCAUGGCGAUGAAACUCUCCAAGAACCAGGCGUCGUGGACCGUCGCCGGGCGACGCGGGCGACUGCAGAGCAAGCCGCGUAUCCUCGCUAUUGGCGUGAGGCGCAAGGAGAACACGGGAAAGCAGAAGCCAAAAAUCCACAUCAUCAAGCCCGGACCACAAGGACUAGAGCUGCUCAAGUCGUACCGACUGGGCGCCCUCACGAGCAUUGAGCUAGUCACCAGUGACACCACAGGCCGCUCCUUCCUCCUGGUGUUUGACGAGAAAUCGGACAGCUCACAGCCCCAAUGGACCACAAGGACAGUCGAUGACAGGAAUCAGCUCGUGUUUCUGCUGCUCAAGAUGUGCAAAGACUACCUGAAAACGCUGCCUAAAGUCAUUGGGCUUGAUGUGGUCGACCUUGCCCUCUGGGCCAAGAAAAACGCCAAGUCGCUGCCAGGGGGAGCGCGGCUGACAGAGGAGGGGGAGGGCGAGGCGGUGGGGGUGGAGAGCGAGUCGAUGAUGGCGCAGGACAGCCUGGUGUCCAAGGUGGAGGAGGAGGACAUGGAGGCGCUGCUGGGCACCUACGUGAUUGGCAUUGACGAGGCAGAGGCGUUCAGUGAGAGGCUGAAGAGGGAGCUGGGGGCAUUAGAGGCUGCGAAUGUGCAUGCCAUUCUGGAAAGCGAGGCGCUGGUGGAGGAGGUGGUUGACAGCCUGGAUGAGGCGGCAGGGCGAGUGGAGGACAUGGAGAAUUGGCUCAACGUGUUCAACGUGAAGCUCAAGCACAUGCGGGAUGAUAUCGAAUCGAUCGAGGCGCAGAACAACAUGCUGGAGAUGCAGGCGAAGAACAACAAGAAGCUUCUAGAGGAGCUCGAGACUCUCCUCGAGUCGCUCUACAUCCCGCCCCAGUGCAUCCGCGUGCUCUCCUCGGGCUCCCUGGACGAGCAAGCCAUGCCCAACACGCUCGAGGCCGUGGGGUGGCUGGUGGACGCCGUCAAGAAGCUGGAGCAGCCUCAGCUGGAUGAAAACUACGUCAACAUGCGCGCGGUGCAGGAGAAGAAGGCUGAACUCGACAGCUUGAAGAAUGGCUUCGUGCGACGGGCCACUGAUUUCAUUCGCUCCUUCAUUUCUUCCACCGUCGAGGCUGCUGCGAAGUCUCAGAGGGGCCCGCCUGAUCAUAGGGAGCUGCACCGCAGAUGGUCCGCCUACACCCAGCUCAUCCACUGCCUUAAGGAGCUGGAUCCCAACGUGUUGGACAACAUUCGGCGGACGUACAUCCACUCACUCAACAUGCUGCUCAGGCGCGAGGCUCGUGAGUUCUCAACUGACCUCCGUGCAUCAGCGCGUGUUUCAGCCAAGACCAGCACGGCCCCUCCCUUCCUCGAGCAGGGCAGUGCUGCCCUGCCGCCUGCAGCUGACUCCCAGGCUGCCAGCGACGCCUUUGCCAAGAUGCUGCGAGCAUUCCUGCCCCUGAUUUCUGAAGAGGGUCUGUUCUUCCAGCAGUUCCUUUGCUUCUCCCCAGCAGCAGACGAGGAUGAAGAGCCCAUGUCGGACGAGGACGCCGCAGCAUUAGCGGCAGCAGCGGAGCAGCUGUUUGAAGGGAUCCACGAGGACUUUGUGGCCAUGGUGGAGUGGGUCUUCAAGGUCGACCCUCUGCGCUGCAUCACUCUCGUGGGACACACAGAGGCCUGGCAGCAGCAGCAGCAACAGCUUCAACUGCAGCACGGGGCGGAUGCCGGGGGGUGCGGUGCGGUUAUUACCAGGAAGCUUUUGCUCGAGCUGGAAACCAGAAUCAGGCAAAACUUCUUCCGGUAUGUGGAAGAGGCCAAUGGGCAAAUCGAGCGGUACGACAGGGGUGUAAAGCAGGCGGGAGUGCUGUCCUACGUGCCUCGCUUUGCAGCGCUGGCGGUUCGAAUGGAAGGGCUGGUCAUGGGCACGUGCAGAGACCUGGUGGACCAGGCUUAUAACAAGCUGGUGAGCACCAUGUUCUCUACGCUGGACCGCAUAGCUCAGAUCGACCCCAAGCACUGCGACGUGCUGCUGCUGGAGAAUCACGCGGCCUUUCAGAACAGCACGUACGACCUGGCGGGCACCAUCCCCACGCUGCGCCUCUUCUACCAGCAGUCCAGUGAGACAUACGAGACGGCAUGCACGCGCUACAUCGACUCUGUCAUAUUCGGGAAUUUCGACAAGCUGUUUGACUACCUGCAGAAGAUCAAGAACCUGCUGCUGACCAUUGAAACAGAGGAGAUUCCGUUCCAAAUCGGCUUCAGCAAAGCUGACCUGCGGAAAGUGCUCAAGUCCCAACUCACCGGGGUGGACCGAUCACUCAACUCCAUGUUCAACAAGAUGAGGAAGAAUCUCACAUCGGGAGACCUGCUUCCCUCGCUCUGGCUCAAAUGCCAGGAGAGCUUUAUGGAGCGAUACGAGGAAUUGGAGGCUGUGGUGGCCAAGUGCUAUGCGAACGAAGCUAUCAGCCCGUCUUCUCGGGAAAUGCGUGACGCCUUCAACUCCAUUGUUGCUUGA